AAAGUCCAGCCUGCUGGUGACUGACACUAACAGAUGAGCAGGGAGCUGGCAGCAAUGGGGCCUGCAGCCUCCGGGGACAGGGUCAGGACUGAGACAGCUCUGCGCUCGGUGCCGGGCUCCGCAGUCGGCCUGCACGCCUAUGACAUCGUGGUGGUGGUCAUCUACUUCGUCUUCGUCCUCGCCGUGGGGAUUUGGUCGUCCAUCCGCGCCAGCCGAGGGACCAUUGGCGGCUAUUUCCUGGCGGGCAGGUCCAUGAGCUGGUGGCCAAUUGGAGCAUCUCUGAUGUCCAGCAAUGUGGGCAGUGGCUUAUUCAUCGGCCUGGCUGGGACAGGGGCUGCCGGAGGCCUUGCCGUGGGUGGCUUUGAGUGGAAUGCAACCUGGCUGCUCGUGGCCCUGGGCUGGGUCUUCGUCCCCGUGUACAUCGCAGCUGGUGUGGUCACCAUGCCGCAGUACCUGAAGAAGCGAUUUGGGGGCCAGCGGAUCCAGGUGUACAUGUCUGUCCUGUCUCUCAUCCUCUACAUCUUCACCAAGAUAUCGACUGACAUCUUCUCCGGAGCCCUCUUCAUCCAGAUGGCCCUGGGCUGGAAUCUCUACCUCUCCACGGGGAUCCUGCUGGUGGUGACGGCUGUCUACACCAUCGCGGGGGGCCUCACAGCUGUGAUCUACACAGAUGCUCUGCAGACGGUGAUCAUGGUGGGCGGAGCCCUGGUCCUCAUGUUUCUGGGCUUUCAGGAGGUGGGCUGGUACCCGGGCCUGGAGCAGCGGUACAGGCAGGCCAUCCCUAAUGCCACAGUCCCCAACACCACCUGCCACCUCCCGCAGCCUGAUGCCUUCCACAUGCUUCGGGACCCUGUGAGCGGGGACAUCCCUUGGCCGGGUCUCAUUUUCGGGCUCACAGUGCUGGCCACAUGGUGCUGGUGCACAGACCAGGUCAUCGUGCAGAGGUCGCUCUCUGCCAAGAGUCUGUCCCACGCCAAGGGAGGCUCGGUGCUGGGGGGCUACCUGAAGAUCCUCCCCAUGUUCUUCAUUGUCAUGCCUGGCAUGAUCAGCCGCGCCCUGUUCCCAGACGAGGUAGGCUGCGUGGACCCCGACAUCUGCCAAAGGAUCUGCGGGGCCCGAGUGGGGUGUUCCAACAUUGCCUACCCCAAGCUGGUCAUGGCUCUCAUGCCCGUUGGUCUGCGGGGCCUGAUGAUCGCCACGAUCAUGGCCGCCCUCAUGAGCUCACUCACCUCCAUCUUCAACAGCAGCAGCACCCUGUUCGCCAUCGACGUGUGGCAGCGCUUCCGCAGCCAGGCAACGGAGCAGGAGCUGAUGGUGGUGGGCAGAGUGUUCGUGGUGUUCCUUGUUGUCAUCAGCAUCCUCUGGAUCCCCAUCAUCCAAAGCUCCAACAGUGGGCAGCUUUUCGACUACAUCCAGUCUGUUACCAGCUACCUGGCCCCGCCCAUCACCGCCCUCUUCCUGCUGGCCAUCUUCUGCAAGAGGGUCACUGAGCCUGGAGCCUUCUGGGGCCUCAUAUCUGGCCUGGGCGUGGGGCUUCUGCGCAUGAUCCUGGAGUUCUCGUACCCAGCCCCAGCCUGCGGGGAGGUGGACCUGCGGCCGGCUGUGCUGAAGGACUUCCACUACCUGUACUUUGCACUCCUUCUAUGUGGGCUCACGGCCAUUGUCAUCGUCACUGUCAGCCUCUGUACAACCCCCAUCCCUGAGGAGAAGCUCACUCGCCUGACGUGGUGGACGCGGAACAGCCCCCUCCCUGAGCGGGAGAAGGAGGCCCAGGAGAGCACAUGGGAGCCACGGGAGAGGCCAGCCGGGGAGUGCCCCGCAGCAGGGGGAGCGGCAGAGAACUCCAGCCAGGGCCAGGGGCAGCCUGGAGCCCCACGCAGGUCCUGGGGAAAGCUGCUCUGGGUCUGGUUCUGUGGGCUGUCCGGGGCCCGGGAGCAGGCCCUGAGCCCGGGAGAGAAGGCCGCGCUGGAGAAGAGGCUGACGAGGAUCGAGGAGGAGCCGCUCUGGAGAAGCGUCUGCAACAUCAACGCCGUCCUCUUGCUGGCGAUCAACGUCUUCCUCUGGGGCUAUUUUGCAUGACUCUGCAGACCUGGCUUUGGCACAGAUUAAACACAGCCCAACCCGCCAGCCACAGAGACAGGCUCUUCUCCCAUCUUGCUGUUUAAACGGGAGACCAAAGAGCUAAGACCGCAAGAUGCCCUGAAGAGCAUCCAGUCCAACCUGCCCACGUGAUGAGUGGAGUAAUGGAGGCCCAUGGAGAGCACCGUGUUUGCUCAGGGCCUCCCAGCAGGACUCACGUGGGUCUUCCCACUCCACACCCUUUCCAGGACGUUGCCUUACAUUCCUGCCUCAAAAACAUGCUUCCACCCUCUUCUUGGGUCUAUUAAGGAACCUUCACUGCAUGUGUGUGACUCGCGGUAGGAAUGUAGAUACAAAAAAGGGGUAGCAAGAAAUUUGCAAGAACCCAAGUGCACCUUUGCUCCCCCAUAGCCCCUCUCCCCCUCCCAUUUCUGGUCCCCCUCUGUCUCCCCCUCUCUAUUCUCAACCCCCAGUGAUCUAUUUGCAGCAUGAAUCUAGCCAGGAGGGCCCUGUAUCUCCAUGGGGGCUCCACAGUGGUGACCGUCCCACCGCUGUCCUAAGCACUAUUCAAAUUCUGCCUCUUUCUACUCCCCCAUCCAAAUAUACACAAAGUCUCCAUGGCCUUGAGUUCAGUUGGAGACGCGACUUGUUGAAAACAAGAGGAAUCGAGCCAUGCUACUCUGUACUUCCGGGCGAGCGCUGCAGGGGCAGCAAGGACAGCCUGGGACCAACUUUACCUGGGCCUGUGUCCCUCUCCGUUUGCCGCCCUGGAAUACACCGUGAAGCUGCUUAAGUGUCCCUUCUCCAGGAAACCGCCCUGAUGGUCCAAACUGGGUCAAAAUCCCACUCCUGUCCCCACAACACUUGGACCUUCUUCUGUCCCCACACUGAUUGCACCGUGGAGCUGUCUCCCCUCCUAGACGGAGCAGGGACCAAGGGCCCUGUCCCAAGUGACUUUGUACCCAGACAAUAACGGGCGUUCAAUAAAUGUUUAUUGAAUUAAUAA